AUGAUCCCAGGCUUCACCUCCUUCACUCUCUUUGGGCUGCAGUCGGUGCUCAUCACUCAGUGGCCUCACUACAUCUCCAGGCUUCCCAACGGUUCGGCAGAAAUGCACUGCUACCAGAACGAAACCAACUAUGAUUAUGUGUACUGGUACCGGCAGCAGAGAGGACAGGGUUUUCAGUUAGUGGCGUAUGUAGUAGCUGGCUUUGCAAACUAUGAAGAAGGGUUUACAUCUGGUUACCAGGCAGUGAAAGUGAAGGAGAAGCAGCUGUGGUCUCUGAGCAUCAGCAGCGUUCAGGAGGAAGACGAGGCUGUUUAUCUGUGCGCUGCCAGUCUGCACAAUAGUGCAAGCGAGGCUUACUUUGGAAAAGGAACCAAACUAACAGUUUUGGAAACAGGCCGUGAUGUCUCUGCACCGACAGUCACAGUGUUCCCUCCGUCAGCAAAGGAGUGCAGGAACCAGAGAGACCGUGAGAGGAAGAAGACCCUGGUGUGUGUGGCCAGCGGAUUCUACCCGGACCACGUCAGUGUGUCCUGGAAGGUGGGCGGGGGGGCCGUCAGCAGCGGGGUGGCCACCGACAGCAGCGCCCUACGGGAAGACAAGGAUCAGACCUACAGGAUCAGCAGCAGGCUGAGGGUCUCGGCCUCAGACUGGUUCACACCGGACCGGAAGUUCACCUGCAGGGUCAGCUUCUUCAACGGGACUCACACCAGCCACCAUGAAAACACGGUGGAGGGGGUCCAAGGUAAAGAAGGAGUCAUGACAAGAGAGAAAUACUUGAAGACGACCCAGGCGGCCAAACUGUCGUACGUUGUGUUCAUCGUGAAGAGCAGCGUCUACGGCGCCGGCGUGGCCUUCCUGCUGUGGAGGCUGCAGAGUUCAGCCGGAAAGCAGAACAACUGACCCGACCGCUCUGCGUCUGUCAAAAGGAUCUGUGGAUAUAUUCACAAAGCUUCGUAUGUCACAGCAUAUUUGCAUUUUUAUAUAUAACCAAGCAAAUUCAAUUCUGCUUGCAUUCGAUCAACAUUAUUCUUAUGACGAUAUUAAAGCUAGCACGGCAAUAGGAAAACCUUUUAUGUCUCUGGUUGUAUUUGAUGCUUAAUUCCUUGCAAAUAAAAGUAUUUCAACCGUA